AUGUCAGCUGGAGAGGUUCCCCUCUCUGUGGCACUCAGGCCAGGCCAGGCACAUUUGGCCCUGACCAGCAAGGCCAUGGAAUGGUGGUGGCUAGGGCUGCUGGCUACAUUUGUGGUCCAGGCUGAAAGGGAGCUCCUCAACACUUGCAUGGAUGGAAAGUACCAUAAGAAGAAGCCAGGUCCUGAAGAUGAACUCCAUGAUCAGUGUAGCCCCUGGAAGGAUAACGCCUGCUGUACUCACAACACGAGUUGGAACACUCACUUGGAUACGUCUCCUCUGUACAACUUCAACUUUGGGCAUUGUGGCGUGAUGACUCCUAGCUGUAGAAGGCACUUUAUCCAAGCUGCCUGCCUCCAUGAGUGCUCCCCAAACCUGGGGCCAUGGAUCCAGAAGGAGAGUCCCAGGCUGGGGAAGGAACGCGUCUUGGAUGUGCCGCUGUGCUGGGAAGACUGUUCAGAGUGGUGGGAAGACUGCCGGAACUCUUAUACCUGCACGUCAGACUGGCACAGUGGCUGGGACUGGAGUACAGGUGAGAGCCACUGUCCUGCCCUGUCCAGCUGCCACCCUUUCCCUCACUACUUCCCAUCUCCAGCUGACCUUUGUGAGAAGAUCUGGAGAAACUCUUACAAGGCAACCAAGGAGCACCGAGGCAAGGGGCGUUGCAUUCAGAUGUGGUUUGACCCUGCUCAAGGCAACCCCAAUGUGGCAGUCGCCCACUUCUAUGCAAGUCAUGCCAUUUCCCUGCAGCUCCCCCACAUCAUGUUCUUAGUUCCCCUCCUAUCAUUUGCUCUCUAA